GUCCGUUCGAGGAGCAUAGUAUGCACCAUAGACAACCGGUCUUCGGCGAACGGAGACUCGACAACAUGAAGUUAUCGGUUGUUUUGAUAGCCUCAUUGGCCGUAGUGGCCUAUGCGAGUGAGGAGAAAGCUGAAAAGAAAGAGGCUGUAGCUGAAGAGAAGAAACAGGAUAAACGAGGAAUUUACGACAUCGGCUCCUAUGGUGGCAGCGGUAGUUACGAAUCAGGAGGCAGUGGACACAGCUUUAGCGGAGGUGAUGGUGGGCAGAGCUAUGGUGGUGAUUUCGGUGGUCACGGAGGCGGCGGUUACAGCCUAGGUGACAGUUACAGUCAAGGUGGUUACGGUGGUGGUUACGGCGGUGGUUACGGCGGUGGUGACCACGGUGGGAGUUCUGGAGGUUCUUGGCAGCCCAUCUCAAGCGACCACGGCCAUCAUCAUGUGAAAACAAUCGAAGUGAUCAAGAAGGUCCCCGUCCCGUACACCGUCGAGAAACACGUUCCUUACACGGUUGAGAAGAAAGUCCCUUAUGAAGUCAAGGUGCACGUGCCCCAACCCUACACCGUUGAGAAGAAAGUCCCAGUCACAGUUAAGGAAUACGUGAAGUACCCUGUCCACGUUCCCGAACCUUACGUAGUCGAGAAGAAAGUACCUUAUGAAGUGAAAGUCCCAGUCGAUAGGCCCUUCGAAGUCAAGGUUAAGGUGCCCACUCCUUAUACUGUCGAAAAGAAAGUACCUUAUGAAGUUCAGGUACCCGUUCCUCAACCCUACACUGUUGAGAAGAAGGUUCCUUACCCAGUAAAAUACGAAGUGAAAGUACCACAACCUUAUGAAGUUAUCAAGAAGGUGCCUUAUGAAGUCAAAGUACCCGUCGACAAGCCUUACCAUGUUUACGUGCCAAAGCCUUACCCCGUGCCAGUAGAGAAACCCUACCCAGUGACGGUACACAAACCUGUACCCUACGAAGUCAAGGUUCCAGUCGACAGGCCUUACAAGGUCGAGGUUGAGAAACCUUACCCCGUCCAUAUCAAAGUGCCAGUUCCCAAACCUUAUGACGUGUACAAGAAGAUCCCCUACACUGUCGAGAAGGAGGUGCCUUAUGAAGUAAAAGUACCCAUCGACAAGCCUUACCCCGUCUACAAGGAUGUCCAAGUGCCCCUAGUGAAGGAGGUACCUUACCCAGUCAAGUCCCACUAUCCCAUAUACUUUAAGAAGGAACAGGUUCAGCACGGUUACGGCCAUGGCCACGGCUGGAAUUGAUUCCAGUAAACCUAAUUUAGGUUUUCACCAGUACCUUAUAGGCUAAGUUCAAAAUGUGAUCAAUUAGUAUUCGUAGUAAAAUAAAUAUAUUAUUAAAAAUUUGGAACUGUAUUGCUGCAGGCUUUGGCACGUGGCAAUGGUAAUGUUUGUGAUGUGGUUGAAAAUGUUUCGCCUAAUCUUUCCGAGUUUCACAUUGUUGUCGCAUAGCAUUGUUGUACAAUGCGCGAACUCAUCGAGUACGAUACCUAAAAAUCGACCUGUUAUUACUUGUUUAUCUCUAUGUAUUAUAUGCUUUGUUUUACGUAAUUGUGAAAGGUCUCCUUUUGCAAGAACCUUAUGUUGAGGCUGAUAUUAAUAAAAAGUGUUAUAAAAUUGA